AUGGCAUGGUGGUCUGGAAAAAUUAGGAAAAUAUUAAACAAUUUUGAAUUCCAUUCCGGUAAUUCAUUAACGAAUAUGAAUUCACACGAUUUGCAAGAAGCAGCUGCUGAUCGAGGACUAAAAUAUAAUGAAGAUUUAAAUACUGCGGAAACAGUUUAA